AUGGCCUUUCUCGGGCGCCUCUUUUGUCGCCGGAACCACUUUCUCACGCUGAAACAGUAUGAAAAUGUGCAAGUGGCGCAAGGAAACCAUCUGGAGACGGUGCAGCAAGUGAGCGUUGUCGAGGGCGGCAAAAUGUUCCUGGCAUGGCACCCGAAGCCGGACUUUCCGUACGAGUCCAGUAAGCCGAUCGACGUACUUUCUCCGGCCCAGACGGCGAACCUUGUGAGAGAUGACAUAAUCACAAACAGCCGGGCGGCACUGAAAGCUAAACAUCCCGAGUUCGUACGGCAGGAGCUGAGUAAAUUAACGUUCACGACGAAACAUCGUUGGUUUCCGCGGGCACGCGACAAGAAGGCGAAGAAAACACCGAUGAAUCGCCCGUUCCUUUGAGUUCCGAUCCGGUCGCUUGUAUAGUGUGUGGAAUAAAAAACCGCUUUAUUUGUAACUAA